AUGAGCCGUACCUUAGUAGAUUUAGCGAGACCGACGAAGGCGUCGUCCAUCGACUGCGCGUCAUCGGCGCAUCCCUUUGAGCACGGAUCGGACAAACUUUGGGCGGAGACCAUAUCCGUGCUCACAACUCUCAAGCUGUUUAUAGGCCCCGUGCAGAUACCGCAAGAGAGAUCUGCCGCGGAUGAAGAAGCAGAAGGUGCGUCCUCUGUACAGUUUAUUUACCCCACUAAGCAUGGCUCACGGCUGUGCAUGAGUGAUCCUCAGAUUGAGCACCUGUGCCGCCCUCAAGCACUUCACGCCGAUGAUCCGGCAUACGAGCUCAUCCUCGACGACGUCCCGGCUGGUCUGCACUCCGCCUUGAGCGAAGCUCCCCCCACUAUAACGUGCCUUUCGUCCCAGGUCGACUUCGGCCCGUCUCGCAAGUACGAGUGUGUACUGUCCAUAGCAUCGCUGCUGCGCCUGGACAUGCAUAUUGAGCGCCGGGCGAACUUGCAGUCGCUGCUCCAAUGGUUUUCUAGUCUCGAGAACAUGAUACUUUAUCUGAGUUCUGAUCACGAAGGCGAUGCGGAGAAGCAAUGCACGCCUGAGCUGCAGGACGCCAUGGAGGAUAUUGUCACGAGAUCGAGUUUUAACUGA